AAAAGCCAUAAUUAUAAAAAUACAAAAAUAAUCAGACAGAGAACUCGAGAGAGGGAAAACCGCAAUUGUUAAACUCAAAGCUCUAUUGCGUAUUGUGUUUAGUGAGAGAAAACUUGUACUACUACUCCGUAUAAAAGAAGCGAGAGAAAGGUAUUUUCGUUUCACUGAGCUUUUCUAAUUUGUGUUUAGUGAGAUAAACCUUCUUUUCUCUCUCUGAAGCUCUAAUAAUGGCCAACAGUAACCUUCCUAACAGAAUCAUCAAGGAAACACAGCGUUUGCUCAGUGAGCCAGCGCCUGGAAUUAGUGCAUCUCCUUCUGAAGUCAAUAUGAGAUAUUUCAAUGUGAUGAUCCUUGGCCCAACUCAGUCUCCUUAUGAAGGCGGUGUUUUCAAGCUAGAACUAUUUUUGUCAGAAGAAUAUCCAAUGAUUGCUCCAAAGGUUAGGUUCCUGACAAAAAUAUAUCAUCCUAACAUUGAUAAGCUUGGCAGGAUAUGUCUUGAUAUUCUGAAAGAUAAGUGGAGUCCUGCCCUUACGAUCCGCACUGUACUUUUGAGUAUACAAGCACUUUUGAGUGCUCCAAACCCAGAUGAUCCACUUUCUGAGAACAUUGCCAAGCAUUGGAAAUCUAAUGAGGCCGAAGCUCUUGAGACAGCCAAAGAGUGGACCAGAUUAUAUGCUAGCGGCGCUUGACAAUUGGGUGGAUACUUUUGGUCUCAAAUAACAAUAGUGGAAGUGUAUGCUUAUUAACUAUCAAAUUGAAAUGGAAAAAUUUAGAGUAA